CUCAUGUUGUGUCUCUACUACUCUCAACAACUUCCCUCAAAUGCAGAACUGAAUACGAAGAGCUCUGAAUAAAUGAUGGCCGACCUAAAGCUGCUGAAUCUGUGCUUUCUGUCGGCAGCUCCUCCUACCAUUCACUUCAGUUUUCUUGAAAGUCCCCGAGGAGCUUUUGAUUCUUCCAUCUGUUCUCUCCGGUUCCUCAUCAUGCUCCAUCGUUGGUUAAUCGUGAUCAGUGCCUUGCUGUCCUUCACCAUUUCCUCACUGGUGGCCAUCGAGUCCUGCCCGGCUGUAGCGAUGCCAGGGAUACCAGGUAUCCCUGGGCUUCCUGGCAGAGACGGUCGUGACGGACAGGAAGGACUGAAAGGGCAGUCAGGAGCUGUGUUGCAAGGUUCUGUUGGGCCUCAGAAGGGAGAGAAGGGGGAGCCGGGGGUAAGCGGGUUUCUUGGUAAACGAGGAGAGAGCGGGGAUCCUGGAAAACAAGGGUUCCCUGGGCAUUAUGGACCUCCAGGUGAAUCAGGAGAACCAGGGGCUGUUGGAAUCCAGCAGCAGGCGGCCUUCAGUGUGGCCCGAGGCACCAACGAUCACCCGGAUCAAGCCAGCGUCAUCCGGUUCACCAACGUCAUCACCAACAUGAACGACGACUACAACACAGAGACCGGGCGCUUCAGGUGUCGGGUGUCAGGAACGUACUACUUUGUGUACCACGCCUCUUUGGAUAACAAACUGUGUGUGCUGAUGAAGCUCGACCAAGCAAUGGUGGCAUCGUUCUGCGAUCACCGCCGCUUGAGGAGACAGGUGACGUCGGGCAGCUUGGCGAUCUACGUGUCCAGGGAUCAGGAGGUUUGGCUGGAGACUGAAGACUACACAGGGAUGAGAGGAAAACGGGAGGGUUACAGCAUCUUCUCCGGCUUCCUGCUGCACCCCCACUGACCCCCAGGACGGACAAACAAAACAGCCUUUUCCUCAUUAUUAACAGAUUUCAACUCAAGGCUGAAAUGUAAAUCAGCUUAGUGUCUAUCCCAUUUCAAAUUGAAUUUCAAUCUUUCAAAUAAAAGCACAUAUUUGACAUUU